AAGGCAGGAUUUGGACGGCUCAGAUUUAGAAACAUAACAUCGUUUGAAGUCGUCGGUUUCAUCGCCACCGCUUUCUUACAUUUCAUCUCUUCCCUUCUUUCUACAGUCCGUUUACGAUAAUCCCAUUUGUUGUCUCUCUCGCUCCUACCUGCAAGUUCCAAUUUAACUUCCCGCCUGGACCGGUCGGGUCCUGGUCGACUUCAAAGUCAUGAAUCCCGAAUAUGAUUAUCUUUUCAAGCUUUUGCUGAUUGGAGACUCUGGAGUUGGCAAAUCAUGUCUUCUUCUGAGGUUUGCGGAUGAUUCAUAUAUUGACAGUUACAUCAGCACAAUUGGAGUCGACUUCAAAAUCCGCACAGUGGAGCAAGAUGGAAAGACCAUUAAACUUCAAAUUUGGGAUACUGCAGGACAAGAACGAUUCAGGACAAUCACAAGUAGCUAUUACCGUGGAGCACAUGGCAUUAUAGUAGUUUAUGAUGUGACGGACCAAGAGAGUUUCAACAAUGUUAAGCAAUGGUUGAGUGAAAUUGAUCGUUAUGCUAGUGAAAAUGUCAACAAGCUUCUGGUUGGGAAUAAGUGUGAUCUCACUGCUAAUAAAGUUGUAUCUUAUGAAACAGCUAAGGCAUUUGCGGAUGAAAUUGGCAUUCCAUUUAUGGAGACAAGUGCAAAAAAUGCUACGAAUGUAGAGCAGGCUUUUAUGGCAAUGGCUGCUGACAUCAAGAACAGGAUGGCAAGUCAACCAGCAGCAAACGAUGGGAGGCCACCGACUGUGCAGAUACGUGGACAACCCGUUAACCAGAAGUCUGGCUGCUGCUCUUCUUAAUUGGUUGUGGACUGACCUCACGUGGCAUUAUAGGUGCACCAAAAAGUGGCUUCUCAAUUGACCUGGGGUUAAGAAACUUCUAUGAUUGCGUCAUCAGUUGUUCUGUAUGCAAUUCAAAAGUGUUUGCAGUUUCAUUUUAUUUUAUUGUUUAAUGUCUUGUACAAAUCAUGCGUUGCUUGUUGGUGGUAGAUGUUAUUGUCAUUAUUUUUCUCCCUGCUGUGUCAUUAAGAAAAUACAGUGUUUUCAAACA